AUGACAAUUUUACCGGAGAUCAUGUCAAACCAUCUUCGUCAGAAUGGGAUACAGUAUCCACCACCUCCUCCACAACAACAACAACAACAACAAAUACCACCCCAACAGCAACAGCAGCAACAGGACUACUUUGCCAGCACAUCUCGUACAUCCACAUUAGUUCCACUACGAACUAGCGCAGGAACAUCCUCACUCACCUCAAGCGCAAACUCAAACUCAAACUCAACCUCAAACGCAACUUCAGCACCCUCAUCGAAUACCGACGAUCACACCACCACCAACAACUCGCAUCUUGAUCCAAACAACACCCCCGCCAACAAUAACAACAGUCAUAGCCUCAACCACCAACACCCACACCCGCACACAGCAGCAGCAACCAGCAAUGGCACCAGGACAGCAAACAACCACCAACCCUCGGCAGCUACAAUUGUACCCCAGAUGAUAUCAGGCACAGGGGCAUCGACUACCCACACAGGCACAUACACCAUAGACCCCCAGAUCAGCAGUAAAUUUACCAACACAGACAUACAGAUCUUGCGUCAGCUUUUGAUUGCAGGCGAAAAAUACAAGUGGAAGCAAAUCACCAAGGAAAUCAACGCCCUGGCUAACCACAGCCACCACGUCAUGGCUGCGUUGACCAAGAAACAGCAGCAGCAGCAGCAACAGCACAUGGCCGCGGUGGCACAGGCGCAAGCACAAGCGCAAGCAGCAUCGAAUUCACCACUUCAACAACAGCAAUUUGGAUAUGGCGGAGGUGGAAUGACCGCAGGCAAUCCAGCAGGCGUGCUACCUCCCGAACAGCAUCAUCUAAUGGGGCGCAAGUUGGAAGACGCCACGGCAAACACCCCGAUCCCACUCAAGAACGUCAGCCCCACGUUUGUCAUGAAGCAGUACCAGCAGUUGUUGGGGUUCCCCAAUAACCUGAUCUAUUUCGGCAUCUUGGGCUCGAGCUUGCCUUAUGUUGUCGCUGCAAAGGGGUGGAGCGAGAUUGACCAGAGCAGCUAUAACUACGCCUUCCAUACUGAAGAUGAUUGA